AUGACAAACUCAAUAAAAGUAUUUCGUACAGUACAGCAGGUGAGAAAUUGGCGACUUGGAUGUCUUUUGAAUAGAGAAACGAUGGGAUUUGUACCUACAAUGGGGGCUUUACACGAGGGUCACUGUCUGCUUGUAUCACAAUCAUUACAGGAGAACGAUAAAACUAUUGUUUCGAUAUUUGUCAACCCAUCACAGUUUGCACCUCAUGAGGAUUUGGAAGAUUAUCCGAGGACUUUAGACUCAGAUUUGGAGAUCCUAUGUAAAAAAUUCGUGCAAAAGAAGGUUGACGCAGUUUUUGUCCCCAAGGUAUCAGAAAUGUACCCAGCUGGCAUUACUCAAGAUGUUUCUAAACAAAAGGGGGCAUUCGUUAAUGUAUUAGGAUGUUCUGAGCAACUAGAGGGCGAGACCAGGCCUCAUUUUUUCAGAGGUGUAGCCACCGUUGUCACAAAGCUCUUGAACAUUGUUGGUCCUACUCGUGUAUACUUCGGUCAGAAAGAUGCUCAACAGUGCGUUGUAAUUAGGAGCUUGGUCAGAGAUUUGUUGAUCGAUACUGAAGUCAGGGUGCUACCGACCGUGAGAGAGAAGAGCAUGCUAGCUCUAUCUUCAAGAAAUGCAUACUUGUCUGAAGAUGUCAGACAGGAGAGUUCACUCAUCUAUCAAUCCUUAAGGAAGGGCGAACUUUUUUACUUAAACCAUCGUCAAAAUGGAAAAGUUUCUACUAAGGAGAUCCUUGAGCAGGUAAAAUCGACACUUGUAAGACCAGAUUUUGAAAUCGAUUACGUAUCUGUUAAUCAUCCUGAUAAUCUUGAUGAAUUAGAGUACGUAGAGCCUGGUGUUGGUGCUAUAUUAUCUACUGCUGUACGGGUUCCGAAGAGACAGGAUGGCCAGGCAAGAUUAAUUGACAACAUUAUACUUCAUUAA